UUAUAUACAUGUGUGUGUGUGUGUGUGUGUGUGUGUGUGUGUGGAGCGGUCGCCGAGGCAACAUUGUAAACAACACAAUGGCGGCUAGUGACUCACAUCUCGUCCUUCCCUCCAGCCAGAUGUCCGUCUUUUCUGAUGUGUGUGCCAUGUUCCUUGCAUUUGGGUAAAGCAGUUGGUGGUCUUCUGAUCAGCCAACUGCUCAGUUUGGACUCCCAGCCUGCAGCUCCAUACCCCUACUACCCCCACUCUCUCCCAUCUAAGAGCUUAAGUACAGCAAUUCUCACCCUUCACAAUGCCCAUCUGUGUCUCGGACUACACUUGGCGGCAGACGCUGGAGAGAGUGAUUCUGACCCUCAACCUGCACCACACUAGCCCCAAGAAGGUGGAUGUGGUGACUACCAGCUCCUACCUGAAGGUGAGCUUCCUGCCCUACAUGUGUGAAGUGUUCCUGUGCCACAUGAUCAAAGUGGACCAGAGCUCAGCAUGCAUCCUGAAAGGCUGCCUGGAGCUCACCCUCAUGAAGGCUGUGCCACAGAUGUGGAAGGAGGUGGGCCUGAAGCUCACCAAGAAGGAGAUGGACCACAAGAGGCAGGAGGCAAUAAAAGACAUGGAGGAGGAGGAGAAAAGGAAGGCCAGCAAAAGAAAGGAGGAAUGCAUCAAAAGAGAGAGGUUUGCUGUGUCGCAGCAAAUUGAAGUGGAUGACCAGAUGAGAGCAGAACGCAGCAGGAUGGUGGAAAAGGAAAAGGCUGAGUUUUUCAAGGCAGGAAGCCCUCAGGAAGGGAACAAACACCUAUCAGGAACACCUCCCACUCAGAACAUGGCCACUGAACAGCCAGGGAACCAUAACAAAUCUGAGGCUGGCAAGCUGUCACCUGAGGAACACAACACUGAGUGUCUGAAAGAAGACCAUGACAGGCAGACACUGAGGGGUCGGGCAAGCAGCACAUGUUCUGAGGAGGGCACGGAGGCCACCCAGGAAGCUGACUAUGACGGUGAUGGAGAAGACAGCAUCUACUACUCCUCCACUGAGAACCUCCACCGUGCGGAUGGCAGCACACAGCGGGACAAAGUGGAGGCAGCAAACCGCAAGCAGAGGAAGUGGAGUGCCAAUCGUAAGGCAGCAGCAAGGGAGAAGGAGAGCAAGAAGAGGAGCAUCCCAGCCGUGCCUCCUGUGCGGUGUGGCGGCACUAUCAACAUGACCCACACUCCUAGAGUCUUCCCCUCACCUGCCAGGGAAUCUACACACCCUGAGGAGCAGCAGUGGCUGGAGGCUCAGUCAGCUGCAUCACAGGGGCAGCAAGAUGCAGGAAGCAGCUCAUCACACCUCAAUGAGGAGCACUUCAAGAAAAAGGCUGUGACUCUGUUUAGCAGCGGUGACUUCCAAGGAUGUGCCAAUGCCUGCACGGAGGGCCUGAGGCUGAACCCUUCCUCCCCAGCCUUUUACAGCAACCGUGCUGCAGCUCACCUUGCCCUCAGGAACCUCCACCACACUGUGAAGGACUGCUCCAAGGCACUGGAGCUCCUCACCCCACCCACCCAAGACAACACCAACUCUCGCCUCUUGUGCCACAUUCGGCGAGGCACAGCUCUAGUCCAUCUGUCCUUGCUGUCUGAGGGCUUGGCAGACUACCAGGCAGCACUGCAGCUCAGCCCUGAAAACAAAGCACUGAGGAAGGAUGCAGAGAGAAUUCAGAACAUGUUGAUGGCUUCCACAGACUCUAACGAAGACAGUGGCUGUGAGGCAGGAGGGGAGAGAGGUAGAAGCAUCUCCAACAGUCCCUAGUAUGGCUGAGGCAGGUUCUUCUCUUAUUAACUAUGCAGGGGAGAAGGGAUUGUGUUAUACUGAUAGUGUGGGAAUGUGUGUGUUGAGGUAAAGAUCUCAAGCUGGAGUGGGGAUGUUUUAUUGUGUGUGGAGUUUUUUGUAUUAGGAUUCUCUUUUACAUUCUUUUACUACCACCAUCUGUUCAUUGUACAUCAUAUCCACUUCUCAUGUAACUCACUUUUAAGUCUCACUUAGUGCAGUUGUUUUUAUAUUUGGUCUCAUUUUUUUUUUUUUUUUUUUUUUUGUCUUCAUCCUCCUCUGUUUCUCUCAUCAUACACCAGAGGUCCAACAUUGUUUCUCCCCCACACAACCAAUUCUUUUGUCCCACUUUCCAUGCCUCCAAUAUUGCACAUGAAUGAACCAAGAUGAACAGACGUGGACCUUGUCCAAUCUUUCCAUGAUAUCUACAAUUAAUAGUUCUUUAUGAUACUUCUUUCAUCAUCAGAGCCUUUGCUGGUACCUCGCCAUUGGUAAUUGUUGGACCACUAGUUUCUUUGUCUAGCAGGACUGUUUAUUGAUCAGCAGUAGGCUCCUCCUUUACACUGCAGGACUGGUCAUAGCCACUUCUGUUGUCAUUUCAGAGCUAACAUACAUCAUAACAGGAAUGAGCAUCAGCUGUCAUUCCUUCUUAUACUGGUUUGAGAGGACUGUCACUCCCCAGUCACUUGAAUGAAGAUGGUGAGGUGUGGAAUGCUCACUUCUUCAGAUGCAUUCUUGGUGUUAAUACAGUCACCCUCCUAAGUGAUGUGUUGUCAGUCAUUUGUCCAGUAUUAUAUGUAAGUAAUGAAUAAGCAAUCUCAGGCUUCACAUCUGAAAUGGGCACAAUUCUUAGGUUACUAAUUAUCUCAUGAGUUCUUUGUUAAUCUACUGAGAACCUCUAUUAUGCUAAAUCAUUGAAGGCUGUAAAUGUUCUGUAAGAUGUAGUAUUGUCAGGGAGAAGAAUAAUUGCAUCUGGAAUGUGACAGAUUUCCGGUUUUAUUAUGAAUUUCUAAUGUUUAGAAAUAGUGUUGAAAAUGGAAAUCAUAAUGCAGAGCUUUCUGCAGCCAUUCACACCUGAGACACUUCCCUUGCUUCACUGUGUGCAUAUUUCACAGAUAAUAAUGGUAAGUGAGAGACGGUUGUGUUCAGUGUUUUUUUACACUGAUGAACAAAGGCUGAUAUAAAGGGAAGUUUUUCCAAAAAUUUUCUUUUGAGCAUUGAUAAGUGAGCAAUGUAAUAAUGUGGACAAAAGAAGAAUGAAUAAUCUUGUGAUAAGUGACUCGUUGCCUCGUGUGGUUUUCCCUGACGUAGUUUUUGUAUGUUUAUAAUGUAGGUUAAGAUAAUCUACCUCGUAGCUUUUGUACUCCAGACAAGAACCGCAUGCUCAGUAGUCAGGAAGGUUGUCCCUGCUGCAAGUGGAGGCUCCUGGCAGCCAUAGGAAGCAUCGAGGGUUCUCUCUGGUCCAAGCAAGCAUUAUGAGGUUCUCUAUGCCAAGACAGAGUGUGUGCCUAUGUGCUAGUCUGUCCCCCACAUGUUAUUGUAUUCUCAGCAUUAUUUACAGGGUAACUUAUAAAUGAAAAUGUGUUAAAAGUCUAUGUAUACAAGAGAGCAGUGACUUCUGUUGUGUAUAUCAAAUGUCUCGAAUCAGCUUAUCUUCUUUGUUGCUGUGAUUCUGCUCUCCUUGAGAUUAGUGCUUGGUAGUGCUGCAAAGUUUUGUGCCAUGUGAAUGCAGCUUUAGAAUACAUAGCUUCAAAUUGUACUAUUAUGGAGUGUGUAUUAAAGACAUUGCACACACACACACACACACACACACACACACACACACACACACACACACACACACAACAACAAAGAAUACAUCACAGCCAUUAAUUCAGUAUCACAGUCAUCAUCAUCAUCAGUAAAAUAGUACCCUUAUUGAGUGCUUAUAAAUCAUGUGUAUAUAUCCAAGUAUAUAAUAUAUGCAUAUCUACUGGUGUAGCUGAGUGGCCUGAUCUAAGUGUGGCAGCCUUCCAGAGCCCAGGCCCUGCUUCACACCAGAUGCACAUGUGACAGUGUUGCAGUUUUUUAAAUAUAUCCCAGCCAUCCAGAAGUGAAUGUUCUGUAUGAUAUUCUGAGUUGUUCUUGUUCUUCCCUCAGUACAUGAUAAAGACUUAAUGAAAUAUAUGAUUAAACUGCAAAGAAAGUGAAUGACAGAAGACAAUGGACAGGGAAAGCCUUCAUGCCUAUCUUGUGAUAUAUUGUCUUAGUAAGAGAUGUUGAUCACUCUAGUUUCAUGCACUCAUACACCAGAACAAACUCUGUUACAGUGUGUAUACAUUUUUUGUCAGUUUUAUUGUUUAAAAUUUUUAAGUUGUACUAUAUUUAGAACACCUUUUCUUGUUAUCAGCUAGCAAAAAUUAACAACGUGUGCUUUAAUGUGCUGCAGUAUGUUAUCACUAACAAGUUUUUAACAGCAGUGAUUUAAUGAAGCUCAACAUACUUAAAUCAAUGCUAUUUAUUGUAUUCUGAAAAUGUCGGGUGUGUAUGGUUUCCAGUGUUCAGUAUGUGGUGAAUUAUAUUUUUUUAUUCCCAUGAAGCAUAGCUCCCACCUUUCAUUGUACUUAGUUAAUCAGUGUAUGAAUAAGUGAAGGUCAUUAUUUGCAGAUCAGAAAAUAGAUCACAAGCUUAUGCUUUGUGGCCCUGAAGAGGCACCACACAUGAUGGUAGUGCACCACUUGGGAGUGACUCCUGGCUGCCUUCAUCCUGUGGUGCGGCAGUCCUUGAGUGUCAGUGAUCCCAACGCUUUCAGAGCAAUGGUAAUGAAACUCAUGAUGGGUUGUGAUGUUUGCAUGAAGCUGCAGUUUUAAGAGAAUUUGAUGCACAUAUUGUGCAAGGAAAGAUACACAGCUGUUGUUGGUAUCAGUUUAUUGUUUUAUAUAAAAAAAGAUUUUAAAAUGUAUAUAGUAUUAGGACAUAUUGGUCUCCAUUUGAAAGUAUCACACAGAUUUUAACUUUUAUGCACCUGAUAAUCAACCACUAUUUCAUUGCCUUCAAAACAAAUUAUGGAAAUCACAUAAAUAGGUGAAUGCUGUGAACAUGUGCAGUGCAGUAUUAUGGUAAUUAAAGCUUUACUUCAGCAUGAA